AUCUUAAUUGUGUAACUCUCUUUUUCUCUCUCUCUCUCUCUCCGCCCUUCUUUCCUGCCUUUCUGAUUAUGACUGAUUUAAAUGUUCCAUUUUAUGCUCUCAUGGGCUAUGGGUUUAAGGGCAGUUGAAUAAAGUCAUCAUGACGGAUCCAAGCAACACUCCAGCUGUCCUUGUCCUUCUCUUUAUAUGGAUCAUACUUGUUCUGGCUCUGCUGUACUUUUAUAAAAAACUUAAUGCAGACACAAAUGGACAGUACACUGUCCAGCGCAUAGUCUUCGGCCCUGGUGGCCUCCGGGAUCGAUUGAGACGAGGAGUCGGGGUUGUGGAAAACAGACUUGGUGUCCACAUUUGGCCUCAACGGCGUGAUGACGAGGAGAACAAAAGAGGAGAUGAUGACGAAGAGGACAAGGAGGGUCAUGACAAACAGAAUGACAGUUACACGGAGGAGGGAGAGCAAGAUGAAAAUGAUGAUUCUUCAGAUGACUAUUCCAGCGUUGACCUGAGGGAGAGAGCAAAGAUGCAGACAGAAAAGAAAGAAGAGAAGGAUAAAGCUGAAGAAGAGAAAGAGAAACAAAAGGAGGAGAAGGAGGAGGCAGCAGCGGGAGAAGAGGAUAAAAGUCAGGAAGUGAAGAAUGAAGAGAAUGUCGAAUUGCUUGUAGAUCUGAUGCCGUUUACUGGUAGUGCAAUUUGGUCCAAGGAAAACGUAGAUGGAAAUGAUGGAAAUGACUUGACUGCUUUAUGAAAAGCUCAGAGACAUUGCCUUUGAAUUUAAUAGGCGGGACAUAAGGUUGCUUGGCCCAGUGGGUGGCACGAAACAUUUUUUAGAACUAUGAGUCAGUUUAACCUUUUAAAGCUUUUUUUUUUUUUAAUUAACAGUUUAUUGACAUACUGUUAAAACAAAUGUUUAAAAAGGUUUUCAUAUGUGUUUUGGCUGAUAUUUAUAUAGAAAGAAAAGUGUAGAUUGUAAUGUACAUCAAUGAUAUUUUCAUAAGAAAAUGUCAGACUACUUACACAAAAUGCAUGCAAAUAUGUGACCCUGGAGCACAAAACCAGUCUU